CGAUGGCUUAAUGGCCUGGCCAUUCAACUCCCUUGGAUUGAGUCCCUUGGUAUCAAUCGGUCGGAAGGGCCGGCCCUUUCUGCAUAGGACUUCCUUAAUUUCUUGCAAUGGCAAGAUGGGCACUCGUUUCAUCCUGGUCGUGGCGAACCGCUCAUCAAGAAUACAGGCGCUUAUUGAGUGGAACUGACCCCCCUGAUGAGACCACCCAAAUAUGCAAGAUUUGGAGAAAUGGCAACUGUUCAUUGGAUUUCAUAUUUGAUGAACGGCAGUUUUACAUCAUUAUCGGACUUUUCCUCCAACCAUCGGACGGGUCUGCCUUCUUUCUGACGAAGACCAACCCGAUAUGCUGCCGCAGCCAAUGAACCACAUCAGCUGAGUGUCUCAUGGCUGUGAGACACCAAAGAAACGGGCAGAAUUCAGAACGGCAUAAAAAAAAAAAGAAAAAAAAGAAAAAGAAAGAAACUUGCAACUG